AAGAGGCAUAUAUAGUUGUUUUAAUUUUCAACACCAGAAGUAUUUGUUCUUUCUUCACCGCAGCAAAAAAGAUCGAUCUGUCUUUCUCCUGCGAACAUAACAUAGAAAGAGAGAUGAGAGAGCUCUCUGCAAAUAGUGGUCUAGCAUGGCGGCGUUUGGUAUUCUUCGCUUCGAUUGGUUUGCAGUUCGUCCUAGGUCUAUCAGGUGAUUCCAAGGAUACGAAUGCAGGAGUUAAGGCAGAAUCUCAUUCUUCUUCUAGCAAAACAGGCACAAAGGUAUUCCUCGUACUGUUCGGAUUUGUGGCUGUGGCGGCCUUCUCCUUCUUCCUAUACAAGCUAUGGCAGAAGAAGAAAAGAGAUGAGCAGUAUGCUCGACUGUUGAAGCUGUUUGAGGAAGACGAUGAACUGGAGGUUGAAUUAGGUCUUCGGGAUUAAACACGCCAAUUUGUCAACAAAGGCCUCAUCAUGUAUGUUUGUGUUCGUUUUGUCCGAUCAUGUAGCUGGAACGUACGGGCAUUUAAAUUUGAAGUAUAUAUAAUAUACGCACACUUUCAUGGGUAA